AUGUCGUCCAAAUUAAUGUCUAUGAAGUUUAUGCAAAAAGCUCGGGGAAUAGAUCCAAGACAAACAGAGGAGCAAUUGUCUAAGCCCAUUGUGACGGAUGAACAUUGGUCAUUAAGGAAAACUGCUGAUGCUCCUUCCAAUAAAAAUUCUUGUAAAUUCGAGUAUGAGUCCAGUUAUGGAAGCUUAAUAUCGAAACCCGAGAAUAAUGGUGACACUCAAGAGACAGAAGGCCCUGCCGUUGCUGGAAGGGCUAGUUUUGGAUUAUUCAAUAAAGAAUUGGAAGGAAAUCAAAAAGACUCUGUUGAAAAUGAAGAGAAUGAAGAAGAAGAGUCUGAUGCUCCUUACAAAAUGGAGGGCUUAGAGACCACUGAGCGUGAAAGACGUAAUCAAGAAAGACUUUCCAAUUUGGUUCGAGGAAAAGGAAAUAGUCAAGCAAAAUCUAAGAACGAUAGCCACAAGAAACGAACGGCGACGGAUAUGGAUCGCGAUAUUAUAUCUUUAGAUACUGAAAAGAGUGAGGCUACUCCGAAACCCAAGAAGAGGAAAAACAAAAACAAGAAAAAGAAAACAUGA